CUUUUUUUCCAGUUUCCAGAGCAUGGAUUUUAUAAUUUGGUAGACAAAAUAUUACUGUUUCGACAUGACAGUAAGAGUGAUAAUAUUCUUCAACUUAUCAAAUCAGCUUCCGAUGUCACAGAUGGCUGCCUUAUUGAUGUUAUUCUCUCAGAAGCAGCCACGAUGGAAGAUUUACAGAUCCGACCCCACCUGAUGUUUGUUCAUUCAUAUAAAUCUCCUCAUUUCUGUGAUUUCUGUGGAGAAUUAUUAUUUGGGUUGGUUAAACAAGGCUUAAAAUGUGACGGCUGUGGUUUGAAUUUCCAUAAAAGAUGUGCAUAUAAAAUACCCAAUAAUUGUUCGAAUAAUCGAUACAGACGACAAUCAUCUGGUAGUGUAUCAUCACUUCCAUUCACUUUACCUCGUGAAAUUAAACCCUUCUAUCCAGAAAAUGCGGUAAGGGGACCUGGUAGUCGUACGAACUCAUGGAGCGGACGUCCUGUAUGGAUUGAAAGAGAGUAUCAGAAGAGGAUCAAGGUGCCUCAUACUUUUAUCGUUCAUAAUUAUACUCGACCUACUGUUUGUCAUCAGUGUAAAAAGUUACUCCGUGGUUUGUUUAGACAGGGUAUGCAGUGUAAAGACUGUAAGUUUAACUGCCAUAAAAGAUGUAUGCCGAUAGUGCCUAAUGAUUGUGCAGGAGAAUUCAUCAACUAUUCUAGCCCUGAUCAAAGCUUAACAACUAUAGAUACAGAUAUCACUGAUAAUCCAACUGAUAAUGAUGACGCUUCCAUCACAGAUCUUGACCCUUCAGCUGAUGAUAAUGAUGAUGUAGUUCCCAAACCACCUUUAAGGUAUGGUCAACAUUUUGAAUUUUUUUUCUUGUUUUCCAGUCCUACCCAAAGCAGCAACAUCCCGCUAAUGAGAGUUGUCCAAUCAGUGAAAUUAACAAAACGAACUGGAUCAAAAAUCUUAAAGGAAGGUUGGAUGGUUCACUUUACUAAUAAAGAGAACAAUAGAAAGCGUCGGUACUGGAGAUUAGAUUCUAAAUCAAUUACUCUGUAUGCUAACGAGACAACAACUCGUUAUUCCAAGGAGAUUCUACUAAAUACUAUAACUGGUGUGGAGGCUAUUAAAAUAAAGCCAGGGACUGAGUUCACUCGUCCACCCCAUGUUUUUGAGAUUAGAACCACCACCUUGACGUAUUAUGUAGGUGAAGAUAUUGGGUACGGUCAGAAUAAUACCAAUAUUGUGAGUUCCUUAGAGAGUGGUAGUGGAUAUGAACAGUCUAAACAUUGGGAGCAGGCCAUACGACAGGCUUUGAUGCCUGUUACAACUUCUAAUAAUUCAACAGAAGUGCCCACCAAUGGUGAAGUGGAGUCAGAUACAAGCAAACAGAUAAUAUUUUAUGUUAUUUACCAGGCUGAUAUAAGUACUCUGUAUCAGAUAUUCCCUGAUGAUGUUUUAGGAUCAGGACAAUUUGGUAUAGUUUAUGGGGGUAAACAUAGAAAAACUAAUCGUGAGGUAGCUAUUAAAGUUAUUGAUAAAAUGAGAUUCCCUACCAAACACGAGGCUCAGUUAAAAACAGAAGUUGCUAUUUUGCAGAAUUUAAGUCACCCUGGAAGUGUUAACUUGGAGCAGAUGUUUGAAACACCAGAAAGAAUAUUUGUGGUGAUGGAGAAAUUAAAAGGUGACAUGUUAGAGAUGAUUUUGUCCAGUCCUAAAGGUCGACUCAGUGAACGAAUCACUAAAUAUCUUAUUUCUCAGAUUUUGAUGGCUUUGAAGCAUCUACAUUCUAAAAGCAUUGUGCACUGUGAUUUAAAACCAGAAAAUGUCCUUCUGACAACAGAAACAGCUUUCCCUCAGGUAAAACUAUGUGACUUUGGGUUUGCCAGAAUUAUUGGUGAGAAAUCAUUCCGUAGAUCUGUGGUGGGAACACCAGCCUAUCUUGCCCCUGAAGUUUUAAAGAGAAAAGGUUAUAAUAGAUCAUUAGAUAUGUGGUCUGUAGGCGUUGUUAUAUAUGUUAGCCUUAGUGGAACUUUUCCCUUUAACGAAGAUGAAGAAAUAAGUGAUCAGAUACAGAAUGCAGCCUUCAUGUACCCACCAAACCCUUGGAAAGAAAUCUCACAGGAAGCCAUUGAUCUAAUAACUAACUUAUUACAAGUUAAAAUGAGAAAACGGUUUACAGUAGAUAAAUCUUUAUCACACGUCUUUCUACAGGAUUACCAGUGUUGGUGUGAUUUAAGAAUCUUAGAAACUAAUGUGGGAACACGAUUCCUGACUCACGAAUCAGAUGACGAGCGAUGGGAGACAUAUCGUAAAGAGAAAAAUCUG